AGUAUCACUGAAGCACCGCUGCCCGCGCGCUCCACCACAACAGUCAGCUGGGGAGAGGCAGGCGUGUGUGUGUGCGCGCGCGUGCCGACCAACCGGGAAGCGAAGCGCAAGCAGAGCAAGACCCCGUACAACGGCGCAGGCUACAAGUCGAGAAGAUUUCUACCCACUACAUCCAUUCCGUCCCCAUCAUGGCCGACCCAACGGUUGCCGAGGGCGAGGGGGGCGCGCGAGGCUUCGCCAGGCAAGGCGCGCUGAGGCAGAAGAACGUGCACGAAGUGAAGAACCACAAGUUCAUCGCGCGCUUCUUCAAGCAACCGACCUUCUGCAGCCACUGCACCGACUUCAUCUGGGGUUUCGGCAAGCAAGGCUUCCAGUGUCAAGUGUGCUGUUUCGUGGUCCACAAACGCUGCCAUGAAUUUGUUACUUUCACCUGCCCAGGAGCCGACAGGGGCCCUGCAUCAGAUGACCCUCGCAGUAAGCAUAAAUUCAAAGUACACACAUACUCCAGCCCCACAUUCUGUGACCACUGUGGAUCUCUACUGUACGGGCUCAUACACCAAGGGAUGAAAUGUGACACUUGUAUGAUGAAUAUUCAUAAACGAUGUGUGGAAAUGGUUCCCAGCCUGUGCGGAACAGACCACACCGAGAGGAGAGGACGGCUGCAUAUCACUGCUAGUAUCACAAAUAAUGUUCUCUCCGUGACCAUCAAGGAGGCUCGUAACUUGGUGCCAAUGGAUCCAAAUGGACUGUCAGAUCCAUACGUGAAGCUUAAAUUAAUUCCAGACCCAAAGAGUGAGAGCAAGCAGAAGACCAAAACCAUCAAGUGCUCCCUCAAUCCUACCUGGGAAGAACACUUCAGCUUUAACCUCAAAGAUACAGAUAAAGACAGGCGUUUGUCAGUGGAGGUGUGGGAUUGGGAUCUGACCAGCAGAAAUGACUUCAUGGGGUCCAUGUCUUUUGGCAUCUCUGAGCUGCAGAAACAAGCUGUUAAUGGAUGGUUUAAGUUGCUGGGUCAAGAGGAAGGGGAAUAUUUCAAUGUUCCAGUUCCGCCAGAUGGAGAGGAGGGCAAUGAAGAACUGAGGCAGAAAUUUGAGAGAGCCAAGAUUGGCCCUGGUACUAAGAAUAUAGAUGGCUCUUCAAAGAACGACAUCUCCAAAUAUGAUGCCAAUGGCAACAAAGACCGCAUGAAGCUCACAGACUUCAACUUCAUCAUGGUGCUGGGCAAAGGCAGCUUUGGCAAGGUGAUGCUGGCUGAGCGUAAAGGCUCAGAUGAGCUGUAUGCAGUGAAGAUCUUGAAGAAGGAUGUGGUCAUUCAGGAUGAUGAUGUGGAAUGCACUAUGGUGGAGAAGAGAGUUCUCGCUCUCUCUGGCAAACCGCCCUUCCUCACCCACCUCCACUCGUGCUUUCAGACCAUGGACCGCCUUUACUUUGUGAUGGAGUUUAUCAAUGGUGGAGAUUUGAUGUAUCAGAUACAACAAGUGGGAAAAUUUAAGGAACCCCAUGCUGUGUUCUAUGCUGCAGAGAUUGCCAUCGGCCUGUUCUUUCUUCAUUCUAAGGGAAUUAUUUACAGAGAUCUGAAGCUGGAUAAUGUGAUGUUGGACUCUGAAGGUCACAUUAAGAUCGCUGAUUUUGGCAUGUGCAAAGAGAACAUGUUUGAUGGGGCCACAACCAAAACCUUCUGUGGCACUCCAGACUACAUUGCCCCAGAGAUCAUUGCAUAUCAACCGUAUGGGAAGUCUGUUGACUGGUGGGCUUAUGGAGUUCUCCUGUAUGAAAUGCUGGCUGGACAGCCUCCUUUUGAUGGUGAGGAUGAAGAUGAGCUAUUCCAGUCCAUCAUGGAGCAUCAUGUAUCUUACCCGAAAUCCAUGUCCAAAGAAGCAGUGGCCAUAUGCAAGGGGCUGAUGACCAAGCACCCAGCGAAGCGUCUGGGUUGUGGACCAGAGGGAGAACGAGAUAUUAAGGAACACGCUUUCUUCCGCUACAUGGACUGGGAUAAGCUGCAAGAUAAAGAAGUUCAACCCCCCUUCAAACCCAAAGCAUGCGGUCGAGACGCAGAGAACUUUGAUCGUUUUUUCACCCGCCAUCCUCCCGUCCUGACCCCUCCUGACCAAGAAGUGAUUCAAAACCUGGACCAAGAAGAAUUUCAGGGCUUCUCGUACAUUAACCCAAAUUUUGCAUCUGUGAAAUCCAAGUAGCCAGUUUUAGCCAAGCACGAUACAGGGACCAAUGAGAUUACAGAUCUUGAAAUUACAUAGUUUGAAUGAACCAAUGAGAGAGUUCAACCAGAUUGAUGGAGGAAUGGGGGUUAUUUCAAUCUAUUUUGUUCCUUCCUGUUUAUUUCUUGUUUGAUUUAAAGGAUCAAGGGAAGAGAUCGACUAACUUUGUAAAUGAACUUCUAAAGAGUGAGCGAGUGUGUGGCGGCUUUGCGAGAUUUUGACUAUUUGAUGCUUGUAUAUCAUGGACUGUGGUGUUACGGGUCUCAGAAAACUAAAAAAAUAUCUGGGUGAAUCCAGUGUCCCAGUCCCAUUUCACCCCAAAAUCAAUUUAUUUUGCAUAAAGGCAUGAAGCUGUUUUGCGAGCAUAACUUUUUUUUUUUUUUUUUUUUUUUUUUUGCAUUGUGACAUUAUUGUCAUGACAAUUUCAUGAGAAUCAAACAAAUAACAUGCUUAAUUGUGAUGAAAAUGUGCAAAAAAUGUUUUAUCGUUUUAAAAGUAGGCUUAAUUAUGUAUUCUUACAGAGCCCUGCACAUGAAAUGCUGGGAGAAAAAAUAUGUACAUUGCGGUCACAAACUAAAAAUUCGAUCCCACGCCUUAUACAUUAGUGUUGUCAAUCGAUACUGAAAUUUUAAAAAUGUGAUGAUACCAGCAUUUCCCCCUAGCAUUUUGAGCGGAUUCUUAAACACCUCUGAUUGGUCAUUGUGUUCACGUGCUCAACAGAUAUGUCUGUGAUUGGCUACAAUGACCAACACUUCAAAAAAAUGUUAUAAAUAGACAUCUUUGACGCUCUUCACCAAGAGCUUACACUCAGAUACACACAGGAGCGUUUGAAAGUAGGCGUCUAUCAGCGGAUCCUUAAUAUAUCCGCUCAUAGACGGAUCCGCUGAUGGACGCCUGCUUUCAAAAACUCCCGUGUGUAUCUGUAUGUGUAAAUAUGUCUAUUUACAACAUGUUUUUGAAGCGCUGAUCAUUAGAGCCAAUCACAGACAUAUCUGUUGAGCUUGUGAACACAAUGGCCAAUCAGAGGUGUUUAAGAAUCCCUUCAAAAUUCUAGGGGGAAAUGCAGGUAUCGUCACAUUUUUUAGAUUUCAGUACCGAAGACGGUACUUUUGACAACGAUAUAAUACAUAAAUACAUUUACUAAUUUGUUCCCUCGUUUUAAGUGAAUAAUACACACAAUUUGUCCCUUGAUUUUCUAAAUCGUGGCCACGUUGUACUAAUUCAUUUCCUUGUUUUAUUUAAAUCAAAACAACAAAUUUUGUUAAACUAACAAGAUCAACGCAGCCACGAUUUACUGAAACAAGGGGACGAAUUCUUAAUUCGUGGCCAUGACAUAUAUACUUUUGUCCAUAUGUCAUGUCCGGGGGCUUCGUAUAUUCUAAAUGUUUCUUCUUUUUUUUUUCAGUUUGGGGUGAAAUGUAACCUGGACAUGUCAAUGUAACCAUGAUAGGUUUUAUAAGAUUCAUUUAUUGCUUCUGAUGUAACAUAUCUUUAGAAUUUCAAAUAUAGCUGCCAAAUCUCUCUGUCUCCCCAUAACAUACACACACACUUACACAAACCAUACGCCUCAGAUGAACCAUUUACCACUUAUUGAUCAGGAUGUUUACUGGGUCACCCCAUUUUAGUGCUUUUUUCGGUUGGGUGUCGUACGUGUGUUUGUGUGAAACUGUGCCAAGUCAGAGAUUCAAGUUUAGGAACUGGUCAUGCAACGUGUAGUUUUCCAACCAGUGCUGCUUGGAUACUCAUAACCACAUCCUUAAACCAACUGGAAAUGAUAGUGAUGUAACUACAACAACUUAAUUCCAGACAUGAUGAUGAUGUAACUACUAACGAGAACAUAUCUUUUAUGUCUUUAUUCUGCCAAAUCUGUGAUGUAUGACAUUUUUUGACUUGUUACCUGUGCCUGGCAGUGUUUGGAUCAAAUUACUGUGAAACUGUGGACAGACUGUUUCUAUAGAGGAAAAUAUAUGAAUAUGUAUUUGGAAUAUA